AUGAUGAUAACCUGCUGGGUGUUGGCUGGUGUAUCUGGAGCUAUCGUGCUGCUCUAUGGCCUAAUAGAAGUUCACUAUUUCUUGCGUAUGUGCUUGACCGUGUUCCUUGCACGUUUCUGCAAGAAGAAGGUUCAUAUCCUCGAUGAGACCACCGUUUACGGUAUUUGCACGACGACGGACGUGGACACAUUACUUUAUCACAUGAACAAUGCGAGAUAUCUUCGCGAGAUCGAUUUCGCCAGGGCGGAUUUUUACGAAAGGACGAGCCUCUAUCGCGAGAUCUGCUCGCAAGGAUCGGGCGUCGUACAAGGAGCGUCGACCAUUCGUUAUCGCCGUUUCCUGAAACCUCUGUCCAUCUUCAAAAUAACUUCUAAGAUAAUAUAUUGGGAUGAGAAGUCCGUAUUCAUGGAACAUCGGUUCAUCACUCCCAGCGACGGAUUCGUCAGGGCCAUCGCGAUGUGCAGACAAAGGCUUUUGGAUUGUAGCGCCGAGGCUGUGAUCGGUUCCCUUAUGGAACGAGGCGUCAAGCAGAACGGUAACGUGGAGGCGGGUGUAACUCAGAUACCUCAUGUCCGACCGCAGAUGCCACCGGAAGUCGCCAGGUGGUUGGAAAGUAACGAAAUUUCUUCGGCGAUGCUUCGUCAGAGCUCAGCAGCAACGACGAAUUGCUGACAAAAGGAGGAUACGGCGUCCUCCGCAAAUGGCGCCGUGUCCACUUCCGUCUAUUCGACUACGACCGUGUAAGGUCGAAGAUUCGAUCGAUGCCAGCUUUCGUUGGUCGUGAACGCAUUCAUGGAAUCUUCCAGUAGUUUCUUUCUUGUUCGAACGACGCGCGUGAUAACGUCGAAUCAAUUUUUUUGGUGAACAAAUUACGAGUUAAGUUUGAAGCUUUUAUCGAUUGUAUUCCCGAUGGUUCGGUUGACAAUUGAGGUGAACGAUCGGGCAGCUGAAAAGUUGAUGCUUGUCUACCUGAAAAUUGGCUCAGCGUUAUUUGCAAUGUAAUUCGAAUGCGUAAUCGUGUAUAUGUAUCCAAUGUCAAAGAAAAAGGAAACUCUUUCGGAUCGAUGAGAAACAGAAAUCUAGAGUACAAAGGCCAAACAGAGACGCGGAAAUUAUUUUACUAGGCAAUGGUAUAUACGUGACCAUCGGACAAGAUGUGUUUAAAUUCCUUAUGCGUGCGGAGAGGAACUUGCUAACAUAAUCGUUUGAUAUGCCGAUAAAUUCAGUGACUUUGAGAAUAAUUUACCAAAAGUUUUACUAGCAACCGUGGAACGGAUUGCUAGAAGGAUAAGGUUACAGAUUGUAGAUCGAUUACAUCCACUUCAAAGAAGCUUCCGAAAUUAAAAAGAGCACCGUUUGUUAAAUAUUCUCCGUUGAAAGUAAUCGCGAGACGCGUGGUGUUAUUUACAUUUUUUAUUAUAAUAUAUAUUAUAUAUGUAUAUAUAUAAAUAUGUAUACGUAUGUAUAUAAAUAUAUAUGUAUGUAUAUAUAGAUAUAUAUGUAUGUAUAUAAACAAAAAAAAAAUAUAUAUAUAUAUAUAUAAAUUAGCGACUGGCGCCGGUAAUGAUUUCCACGAGAAAACAAUGUAGAAUUUUCCCAAGGAGCUGCUUUGCUGCAGGGUGGUAGAGAUAGAACAACAAUAUAUUUACAAGCGCGUUAAGCGGCUAAUGUUUAUACCUCUAUAACGUAUUACAGGUGCCUUCACGUAAAUCAUGGUGGAUAUUCGCGCGCCUGCGAUUGUCGAGCACUCGGACUGUGACAUUCGCUUAUCGACAUGGUUACCGUGUUUGCCAUGCACCGAUUCGUUGUGAUUCUAUUAUAAAUUUCACUUGCUUGUUAUUAUUAUGUUUCUAGCAUUAUAUAGAAUAUCCACGAAAUUGCGAGUUGGUUGUAAGCGGCUCGUAUAUGAUCGAUUUGUUGAAAUCCUUAUAUACAAUCCUUAUUACCGACGCCAUUUGCAUGGGUAAAUCCAUAAAGUGUAUCCCACUUGAAUUUCGAAAUAAAUUGGUAUCCGUAGUAUGGUUAUUAAGUAGCCGACGACGUAGCGAGUCUCUAACAGCUAAAUAGCAUUGUGCACGUACUAUGCGUGAAAACGUUAUUAUAAUUCUAGAUGAUAAUAAUGUCAUUUUUGUCACAUAAUACUAUGUUGGAUCAUGUCGUUGAAAAUACCAUUACCCAGGAGUAAGAAUAAAUAUUCCUUAGAUGGCUAA